AUGGACAUAGGCACGCACGAUACUGGAAAGAGCCAAGGCCUAAAGGCCAGAAGCCCAGUCGACGGAAGUGGCGGGCGGUCGGGUUACUGGAUCCAGGACGAUGGCGUGCUGCGACGCUGGAACGUGGCGGCAGGCCAGGCGGAAGGAAACCGCGACGCAGCAAGUCUGCCCUCUGCUUCGGCAUCUAUCUGCAAUGGCAUCGUAACAGCAGCAACGCCGACGUUUUGA